UGCGUAAACGAUUCUGGUCACAUGUUGUUUGCGUACGCGGCAGUGGUACGCGACUGAGUUGGGUGUGAAGAUGGCGGACGACGAGGCCGAACAAGGCAGCGCACAUACACAUAGCAGUGCAACGAUUACGGCACUUCGAGAGAAAUUACAAGAAUUAGCAAUCGCGCUGAAGAACAGUGCGGAAUCUCCGACUCAGUCGUCUUCUCAGUAUUGCCAAGACUUUUGCCAGACUCUGGUGGAGUAUGCUGGUCGAUGGAGGAUGGAGAAGGACCCACUGCCCUUGGUGGAGGUGUACACCGUGGCUCUGCUGAGCUAUGCCCAGGCUUCCCCCUGCCUCUCCUCCCAAUGUGAAAAUGUUCCCCUCGUACUUGAAAGGCUCUCACUGAGCUGUGUGGAGCUGCUGCUCUCCCUGCCAGAACACUUCCCAGGUGCCUUGUGGGAAGAGUUCCAAUCAUCUGUUCAGGUAAAGUGCAAAAUUGUCAUACAGAGGGUGAAAUGUUUCUCUUUUUAUAUUCAGUAAGAUAUCUUGUCAGCUACCCUUGUUUUACUGUAGAAUUACUGUAUUUCUGAAUUAGUUACUUUAUCUGUUCAGGACGUCAUUAUAAUUUUGUCUAAGAGAUCUACUCCAUAAUAUAUUAUGUGUGUUGCUUGGCUGCACCAUUUUUAAAUGCAUAAUUGCUUCUAAAACAACUUACUGUGAUGAGAAAAGUGUC